AGUAUGAAAUUAUUCUGUUGCAGAAUAUGGCUCAAGCCUGGAAGAUGACGUGGUGGGGGAUACAUCAGGGUUCUACCAGAGGAUGUUGGUGGUUCUCCUUCAGGCUAAUAGAGACCCUGAUGCUGGAAUUGAUGAAGCACAAGUUGAACAAGAUGCUCAGGCUUUGUUCCAGGCUGGAGAACUGAAAUGGGGGACAGAUGAAGAAAAGUUUAUCACCAUCUUUGGGACACGAAGUGUGUCUCAUUUGAGAAGGGUGUUUGAUAAGUACAUGACUAUAUCAGGAUUUCAGAUUGAAGAAACCAUUGACCGAGAGACUUCUGGUAAUUUGGAGCAACUCCUCCUUGCUGUUGUGAAAUCUAUUCGAAGUAUACCUGCCUACCUUGCAGAAACCCUCUACUAUGCUAUGAAGGGAGCGGGGACGGAUGAUCAUACCCUCAUCAGAGUCGUGGUGUCCAGGAGCGAGAUUGAUUUGUUUAACAUUAGGAAGGAGUUCAGGAAGAAUUUCGCCACCUCUCUCUAUUCCAUGAUUAAGGAUGAUACGUCUGGGGACUAUAAGAAAGCCCUCUUGCUGCUCUGUGGAGGAGAGAACGACUGAGAUAACCAGCUGGAGAGAGAUCCUGCGCCGUGCCUGCCACGGCUGCCGCGACCUUCCUAAGCCUCUCGCUGUGCUUGUUUGUAUGCCCGAGCCUGACACGUUGCCUUAUUCAUACUAGCAUGCUAAUGACCAAAACAUACAUGUUGCAGAAGAGAAAUAGCGGUGCUUCUUGCUGAUGUUCAGUAAAGCUCUUUGUCUUUUGUAGUACUUACGUUACUAAAGUCUAAAGUCUGGGUCAUUUAGAUUUUCUUUUAGAAGAUCCGACUGCUUUUAGCCUUUUUAAAAAACUUGAUUUAUAUUAAAUUGAUAACUGUAUUUCCUUAAUCAGAACCUUAGCCUUAAAAUGAUGAACUCCUGGAAGUGUUAUUAAUCAAGUUUGCUACUAAACUAAACUUGAAAAAUUAUGGUGGUUGCAUUCAAAAGAUUAAUGAGAAAUAAACAUUUCCUUCCCCCUGA